UUAAUUAUUAGAUAUACCGGAUUGCCUUCCCCGAAUUCCCAUAAUUUGGUUGUCAUCAAAAACUUGUAGCUCAGAAGACAUAGUACUUCUUUAGUCAGAUUUUUGCUUUUGCUGUUUGAAGGCAGAAGUCUUACUAAAUGUCAAUUAUCUGAUUCACCUUUUUUAUUGUUGCAGUGGGCCCUGUGUAUCAUACUUACUCCGUAAACGAGCACUUUAUGAUGACAUGUCAAGGUAUACAUGCUGUGCUGGUUAUAUGCCCUGUAGUGGCAGGUGUGGGGAAAGCCGAUGCCCUGAAUUCUGCCUUUGCACUGAGGUUUUCCUCUGCUUUGGCAAUUCAGUGGCCUCUACACGCUUUCUGUUGCAAGAUGAAUUCAAUAUUCAGACAACACAGUGUGAUAACUGCAUUAUUGGUUUCAUGUUCUGCCUCCAACAAAUAGCAUGCAUAUUUUCCAUAGUUGCAAUGAUUGUUGGAAGUGAUGAAAUUCAAGAGGCUUCUCAAUUGCUGUCGUGUAUGGCUGAUCUGGUGUAUUGCACGGUUUGUGCAUGCAUGCAGACGCAACACAAGAUCGAAAUGGACAAGCGGGAUGGCAAAUUUGGUGAUCAACCAAUGGCUGUGCCUCCAGUUCAGCAGAUGUCACGCAUUGAUCAACCAAUACCUCCUUCGGUUGGGUAUCCACAGCCUGCAUAUGCACAGCCCUAUGGUUAUCCUCCCCCUCAGGCCCAAGGCUAUCCUGCUCAAGGUUAUCCUCCUCCUGGUUAUCCCCCGCAACCUCAGUACCCACCUGCUGAUUAUCCUCCGCCUGGCUAUUCUAGGUAAAAAGGUUUGUUUGUUGCGAGUGCUAGUCCUCUUUUUACGUUCCUGAGUUUCGUCAACGGGGGGCAUGAAAUGGAGAUGGCAUUACAUGGUAGAUACUACUUGCAGGCAGGGGAUGUUGACAUGUUUGAACAUUUGGCUUUCCAAUAUUUAUCCAGAUUUGCUGUUCCCCUGUACAUUUCAUUAUCUAUAUAUAUAUUCUUUUUCCUCCGCCCGCAUUUGCGUGUAUAAAGUUUGUAACUUUUGAGUGCCCACAUUGUGGUUACUUAAAAAGAGCACGAUUUGUGACGACAUUGAGCUUUCCUUUUCACUAAGAUUAGAGCAGUUGGUUUUCAUUAUCAAACACUGAAUAAGAUAUGGAUUGUUCAAAUUGGCUUC